AUGGCGGCCGGCAGCCGAUUUCGCGCUGCGGCGGCCUGGUCCUCGUCGUUGCAGUCGUCACGUCGUGCCUUCUCGGCGCGAACGCCCUCUCGCCGACGGCUCGAGUUUGCCGCGAGCCUGCGCGACUUCACGCCGCACGAGGGCCGCGGCGUCUACAUGGAGACGUACGGCUGCCAGAUGAACGUGGCGGAUACCGAGGUCGUGCGGUCCGUGCUGCAGGGCGCGGGCUACUCGCACGCGGCGUCGCUCUCCGGCGCGGACGUGGUGCUGCUCAACAC